AAGGAAGGAAGGAGGGAAGGAGGGAAGGAAGGAAGGAAGGAAGGAAAGAAGGAAGGAAAGAAGGAAGGAAGGAAGAGAGAAGGCGAUGCUGCCCGGCCGUCGCAGUUAAUUCGCACGUGUCGCGAUGUCGGGUGGCACGGCGGGCGUCCGUGGCACCGGCGCCGAGUGCAGGAAGUUCGCGCCGAACAUAUUCAACAAGAGCAAGUGCAGCAGCUGCUUCAAGCAGAAGGAGGAGCACAGCGCGGAGGCUCUGGAAUGCAACAGGGCUACCAGGAAGAUAUCCAAAUGCGGAUACCUCUUCGUCGCACCCGGAUGGGAUUUCUCGAACCCGCUGAACCGGACAAAAAGAUGGCAACGGAGGUGGUUCGUUCUCUACGACGACGGGGAGCUGACGUACUCCGUGGACGAACACCCCGAGACGGUGCCUCAGGCGAGGAUCGACAUGACCCGCGUCCUGGAAGUGGCCGCCGCCGAGGACGUCACUGGACAUCCUUAUAGCCUUGCCGUAACCUCGCCGGAGGGUGUGACCUUCGUUAAAGGGACGUGUCGAGAAGAGACCAGAUGGUGGACAGACGUUCUUCAGGUGUACUCGCGGAACAAGGGUCGGCACAAGCGAAACGCAACCUUUCCCGGCGGACAGACGACGAUUCUGCAGGUUACACCGACGAUUCGAAGUAACACGCCAAAUCCGCCGCGACCGCGUUUCAACAGCUGCCGUUCAGAGCCGCGCGGCAGCGCGUGGAUCCCCGAGAACGGCAGUGGCCCAUCAGAGUUGUGUUCGUCCGUGUUCUCGUCGACGCCGUCUCUGGUGACAACCAGCGUGGUUACAGCCGCCAACAAUAGCGUGCUGACGAACGGCAAUGCGCAGAACGCCACCGAGGUGAGGAACAACUUGCUGCCUUUAUUGAGCACCAACGCGCUACUUGAAAACGGCUCGGGCGGAAGCUACCUGACGACCAGCCAGUCAUCAACGAUAACGGCGACGACAACGACGACGACGACGUCGUCCUUGAUGUCGAACGGCGGCGUUUGCAGCACGGUUUACUCGACGACCACGACGACCGUCUCGACGGCGACGAGCGCUACUUCGUCGGGCGUCGUCCUCAGCAGCGUCGGGUCAUUGAACGAGAAGCCGCCGAUGAUCCCCAACGACGGCAGAUCAAGCUAUCGGGACCAACCUGCUAGCAGCGCGUCACCACCAACUCGGGACAAGCUCCGUGCCGAGGACAAGGCCAGGCGCAGGAUGAAUCAGCAGCAGGACGAGCGGACGAGCGGCAUCAUCGGUGACACCGACGCAGCCUCCGGCGAGAAACUAGACGAUGACGCAUGUCGAAGGAUACUUCUGGAGCACGAGAGGGAAAGAGAAGGAAAACUACGGGACAUCGCGGCUUCGUUAACUCAACCACGAGCUAGGAGGAUUAAGCCGAGGACCUCGGAGCCGACCAGGGAUGUCGUAGACGCGGCGAAUGCCGCUCAUCAGGAUAAGCUUAUCAGAGGCGAUCCCGACGGCUGCGGUCUGGACAUUUCCGGCAUCAGGUAUUCACCUACUUCCGAGUUGAGAGUCGAUUUACCAGCGGAAGACUUGCUGAAUAUCAAGAAAGGCUGGCUGAUGAAGCAAGGAUUGAGUAAGGAAUGGAACAAGCACUGGUUUGUUUUGAGAGGCUGCGGAUUGAUGUACUACAGGGACCCCUGCGCGGAAGACAAAGGCAUCAUGGAUGGAGUUAUAGAUCUGAAUACUGUCACCGCUGUCAUGCCACUUCAGGUCGCAAGGAAUUACGGAUUCCAGACUGUUGCUUGGGACGACCGAGGCAGCACUGUUCUUUCUGCGGUGACCGCCGGCAUCAGGUCCAGUUGGAUGUCGGCGAUCAGAAGAGCGGCCAAUUUGCCUGAUCCUGACAGCAACAACGUAGACUCCCUCGCCGUAUGCCCGGAUACUCAGCAAGAAGCCAAUCCGCAGUCUCCUACUGCAUCUAUCACAGACCGCGAGAGGGAUUCCGUCGUAGCCUCAACGUCCAUCACACCGAGAUCGGUGCUGUUCUCCUCGGAUGAGGAGUACAGGACUGCUUCUGAGGGUGGGCGUCGAGAAUCCGGCGAUUGGUCUGAGAUGCCGGUGUCUCCGCCGCUCGUGAGAAACGGAGAUUGGCCCAUCACCUUGAAAGGUUCUGGCUGGUCGGACUCUGCAAAUCACGAGUGGUCCGAGCUGCCGCCCUCACCGCCACUAACAAGAACCGCGUUGUCCAGGGUGAAAGCCAGAUCUCGAUCGAGUUCUAGGUCGCGAGUCUACAAGAGAAGCCGUAGCUCGCCACCUAGUUCGAGGAGAAGCACCUUGGACAGCGUGAGGUCGGAGGACCUGAUGAUAGCUUGUUGCGAACUCGGCGAGGACGAGGAGCAGAGCAAUGGCCACUUGCAGGACAACAGCUGCCUUUCGAGCGCUAAUGACAGUCCUUUGAUCGUCGAGCUCCUAGAGAAUCGAGUCUCGCUGCUGCACGAUCAGCUGGAUCAGAAUCAGUCUCACCCGAGCACACUACUAGUCAUUGUCGAGCGUCAGGAGAACGAAAUCGAGAGUCUGAAAUCGCAGCUGAACAUAGCACGUACGGACGUCGCGAAUACGGAGAAAGAACUGGCCAGACUUAGGCAGCAGAAGGUGGAGGCAUCCAUCAGGGAGAAGCAGGUGGACGAGUUGUUGAACACGAUACAGAGGACCGAGCAGCAGAGGAACAAAGACUUGGAAGAUCUAGAGCAGAUGAAGAAAGUGUACAGCAGGGAGAAGGAAGUACUGGAAUGCAAAUUGCUGGAAACAGAGGCUAUCCUACGAGAGACGACGGAAAGAUGUGAAAUGCUCACGAACGAGCUCACGUCGAGUCACAGAACCGUCGAGCAUUUGCAGGCGGAAAUGGCGGGACUCGGCGAUAGACUAUCGCAGGGUAUCGAGGAGAAUGAACGUCUCUACAAUCGAGUGAGGGAAUUGGAGGAGAAGAAUGGACUUUCCGUUUCGAGAGAACGUGGAAGAAGCUUCGAUUCGCUCAGCGACUUGACCAAUAUCGAGUUAGACUUGGAUUUGACUGUGUUGGACAAAGAGAGAGUCGUGGAGGAGUACGAUGAAUUGCGAAGCCGCUUCGAGAAGGCUGUCAUGGAGAUUCGAGCCAUGAGGAAGGAGCUACGAGAAGCUCAUGCUACACAGGAUGUGUUGGAGUUGGAGAUAUUCGCUCACAAGCAGGACGCAGCUAGCGUUAAUGAAACUAAUCAGGCGCAAGCGCAAUUAAUGGCGGCAAGGAUUCAGGAUCUGACCAAUAAGCUGGCCGCCAGCGAGAAGCAAGUCAGGACACUGAAGCAGAAACUGACAAAGGCUGAGACUAGAGACAAGAGGAGGUCACUUUCCCUCAAAGGAAGAGAAUCUUUCCAGAUUUCUCAGGAAGUAGAGGACAAAUUGCUGGAUCUGGAAAACAAAAUCUGCGCUAUAGAGCGGGGCAAGAGCGUCAGUGCUCCUGUCUCUGCGGGCAGCAGUUCAAAGGAAUCGAGCCCGAAUCUAAAGAAGGAGAAGAGAAGAGACAGUAAAAACUUAGAUCGAACGAGACUACGUAGGAAGUCGUUGGAUAGCGCGACAAGCUCUGAACCGAUGAAAGUGCUCAUCAGACUAAGCACUUUGGAGACGAAAGUAGCGAACGUCUCUGAGGCUAUGGCCAGCGACGCGGAGAAGGACUCGAGCGAGUGCAGCGAGAUUAGCGGCUGCUCAGAGAUAUCGCUGGAAUUGUUGGCGAGGUUGAAGAAGCUCGAGCGAGUGAUCGCUAAGUCGAAACGACGCUUGGAGAAGUGCCUCGGUUCGACGCAGGCGGAAGACAAGGCGGAGAAGUGUUUACGUGAAGUAAAUGACAUAUUGGACUCGUGUUUAGAAUGUAAGAAGAACCAAGCCGGCGCUCAAGUCACCGAGUCAGUAGGAGUAGCAGUAUCUAGGCUAGAAACUACACUUAAAGAGAAACUGAGCGAACUCACGAAGAAACGGCAGGUGCUGGCGCAAGAAGGCCGGCUAGAUGAGCGGGAGAAGAUGAAGCUCGUCGCCGAGAGGGUGGCUUUCGAGUCCGUGAUUCUCAGACAAAUCAAGUGCGCGCUGAACCGCACCACGGAUAGGAGCGCCGUUCUCAGUGAAUUGGUCGAAACUAGUCAGCUUGCCUCAAGCUUAAAACGUAAGAUCCACGGAACUAAGCCCAAAACAUACCAAAAUACGAAUUAUAUACAGUAUCUCACUAAGGUGUUAGCGAAUAAGUUAGUAUUGAUAGGGCACGCCGGUGCGACCGAUACGUCGAAGGAGGUGAGCGUGGCUCGCAGCGAGAGUCUCAACUUCCUGCUGCAGAAGCAGCGGGAGGUGAACGAGAUAAUGCGAAAGUACAAAGACACGAAGUUACGACAGCUCGCGGAAGCGUUGGCCGCAGAAACAUUGAGUCUCUCUGAACAAGAGGAUCUUGGCAAGCAGAUUAGCGGCUCGAAUAAAAAGCUGCUUGAAGACAAACAUAUUCGCGAGGCUUGGGCUCUGGCACAAGAGACAGUGAGCAAGGAGCUCGUGCAGGCUGAAGUGUCGCACGUGAUCAUGCAUUACGGUCAGCUGUACGAACAGAACGUCACAUCGAUUGUCGACACUUGCCUCAGCUUCGACAGUGCGGAUCACGUCAGGUUGGAGUUGUGGGUGGAUGCAGCGCAGGUGCGACUACGCCAAGAAAUGGAGGUCACUAUACAUGAGCUCUCGGAGGCUUAUGAGGAAUGUCUUCGUGCGAUGAAGAAGAACAAAUUGGCGAUCGAUGCCAAGUAUGAGUCGCGGCAAUUGUUGACUGAUUAUGCCGACGUAAUCGCGCACAAAGCUUUAAUAGACUCGAGAAUCGCACUUCUUCAAAAUAUUACGCGGCAACCACCCACGACAUUCCUCGGGGAGACCUUUGUAUCUAGUCUUAUUCGAAACGAGGACAUGCUCGCCUGCCUGACAGACGAGGGAUGCGAUCUUCAAAGCAAUCCGAUCCUUGAUGCGGAGUACAGUUACCUUUACCAGCGGCUGGUAAAGGAAUGUGAGGAAAGGAUCACUGGCAAACGAGAGUCGAAGGAACAGUUGAAGAGUGUCAGCCAGUCGUUAUUUCACUUAGAGGAAGAUCUGGCCGGGCUCAACAAGUGUAUUAGGAACAAAGUGGCGGGUGGAAGCGUUGAUGGUGUCGUUUGGUCCAAGUCGACCGGCGCUGUCACGGACUGGUCCAGUGUAUGUGACAAAUGUUUGCAUCUGCGAGAGCAAAUAAGGAAGUUGAGCGACUACAUGAACAGCGUCUCGUGUCAGACGUGCAACCAACUGCAGGAUACUAUUCAGAAGAUAACCGCUGAACACAAUCAGGAGUUGGAGACGCUAAAACGCAAUCAGGAGAAGGAUCUAAUGGACAUCAAAGGCGAGCUGGACAGUCAACGGCAAUCCCUCACGUCGCAGUAUGAACAGGAGGCGGCCAGUUUGCGCGAGCGAGCCAGAAAGCUAGAGCACCGUCUCAACACAAUGGAUUCUGAACACUCGGCUCACGUAAAUGAGCUAAGGGCAGCUUAUCAGCGAUCAAUAAGCGCCGAAUUGGAUACAGACGCUGAGACCCGGAAGAGGUACAAAGAGGAAAUCAAACAGUUGCGCGCGUUAUGCGAGAAAGGUCUGUUAGCGAUGGAGAAUUCUCACAGACGUAUCAUCGCCGAGAUGGAGGAAAAGCAUCGGCAAGAGCUGGAGAGUCUGAGAGUGGAGAAGGAACAGGCGCUCUCUGAGGAAACGCAAGCCACUCUGGCUGCGUUGGAUGCCAUGAGGAAGGCACAUGAACACGAGGUGCAGAAAGAAAUCGCCAAAUUUAAGCAGGAGUUCAUUAAGCAAAUGCAAGCACGCGAGGACAUUGGAGUACUUCACAAAGAACAUGAAGAGGAAAUGGAGGAAAUAAAGCAGGAGAUUCUCUCUCUGUCUGCGAAGUAUUCGUCCAAGUGCGUAGAGUCCGCUGCGCUGGAAGAGAAGGUAGGCAACCUGUCGAAGCAGCUCGCCCAAGCACAGCAGCAUAUUAUGCAAUUGGACGCGAGGAACAAGCAGUUAAGGGCGCAUCUGGUGUUGGAAACGAAUGACGGCAGUAUCAACGAUACGAUGCAGAUUUUACGGGGCCGAGAUAACGAGCUUGCUGAGCCGCGGGAGGAAAUGCAUCGACUGCAACAACAACUGAAGCAUGGGGACACCUCUCGUGAAUCGUCCGAUGUGUCGUCGAAAGCUCCGUCGCUAGACUACUCGCCGACCUAUUCCCCGCAGCGCGUCAGGAGUAAUCAAGAAUCGCCGGUCGCCCGGACGAGCAGCGUCGCCGUCGUUGGCGCCAGCAGCGGCGGCGGCGACGGUAGCAGCGAACAAAGAAUAACGAGUGAGCGAAGUUCGAAAGGCUCCUCCAUGUUCGCAACUUUACAAAAGCGAUCGCUCUCGCAGACGGAUCGACCGGGCGCGUUCUCAUACAAGCUCGAGCGCGUUAAAUCCGUCUCCUUGCCGUACACGAGUAGUCUGGCUAGACCGGUUGUUAGUUCUGGCGUGCCGUCGCACGACGAGAAAGACUCGGCGAGCUUAGAGCAAAAGGGUCAGGAGCGUAACGGCCUGGGCUCGCCAUUGUGGGACAGCUUGAGACCGAGGAGCGGACUGCCUCAUCAGUAUCAAGGUGGCACAACAGAGAUGCGAGUCGGCGGCGCUUGUGGCCGGUGGCAGGAGAGCAAGCAGAAUGAGAAGCAGCAGCAGCACCACCCCUAUAACCAACAGCAGCAACAACAGCAGCAGCAACAGCUCCCGGAGGCAUAUACCAUCCGUACCGACGCUCGUCACACAUCCCGCCUCACCCCGGAACCCUCAGCUCUCGCCGUUGCAGAGUUGAUGAGGUCUCCACCAGUGAGGUGGUCCAGCAGAAGCUGCCGCAGCUUGCCUUCGACACCCACACCAAGUUACCAUCAUCCACUUCAUCCUCCUCUACCCGCUGUCGGCAUGGUCGCCGAGAGGAAGAAACGUUUCGAGCUCUGAAUUCCUACUCAUUCAUUUUCUUAUGUAUAAUUUGAUCGGCGAUGCCGCAAGAAGAAACUCAUGCGAGGAUAGCACGCGAGAAACGAUAUAUAGAAAUGAUCAAAUGACCAAUCGCUUAUAACAUAUUUAAGGAUAAUGAAAUUUAAGCACGUCUAAUGAUAAUAUUUCGCAUUUGCGAGUCUUCAAAAUCGAAAUAUCAGAUAGUAUUUAGAAAAAAAGAAAAGCACAUACACAUAAAAGAAGCUUAUUCUGAGAAAAAAGAAAGUUUCGAUGCGCGUUAUACCGACACACGCGUUGCUUCUCCGCUCUGAGAAUGUAAGACUGAAAAUGUUUCGAUAUCAUCAUUCACAUUGACCAACGAAUUCUUAUAAAAUGUAAAUCUGUGGAUAGAUUGUUCAGACAAUAUCAUAUUUUUCUUGCGAUUUGCGUAAGCGCGAAUCGUGAUUCUCACCACUGCCGUACGUAGAUUGCGCGCGCCAGGUCUCGAUGGAUCUUCCAAGGAGCCAAGGGGUCAUUAAAGUGCCAAUCGCGCUCGUUAUCACACGACAAUAUUGAGCAUGUUUAUUAGGUAAACAUGAUUCAAUAUGUCGGAGAGAAACGGAUCUCGAUUGCUGGGAUGAGGGAGGAACAAGUGUGACGCAGCUGCGAUUCCCCUUCGAUGGCAAAAACAAACCGCGUAAAUGCGAGAGCUUAUCGCGAGAGCUUGUUGAUCGACAUUGAGAUAACUAAUGAUUAUCGCUAUUGAUCACGAUAGAUCCUUUUUGACAGAAUUUUUCCCUGAGAAAUUUUGCUAUGUAUAUUUAUCUUGCUCGGCCGUCACGGCCGUACCUUUUGAUAUCUGUAUUUAGACUUUGAUAGAAGAGGAGGAUUUUUGACUUAGAUUUGUGUGCGAACGAGCGAACAUUUUGCCGCGACUCAUCAUUCAUUCUUUGAAAGUGCGUGCUUUUCGGACAUUACUCGUCGCGAAAAAGAUUACCCGCGCGAAAUUCUCUGACAUGCGCUAACCGGCGUAAUUACGUUAUUACAUCACGUGUGAUUGUUUCUUAAUCUAAUACUAAAAAUUGUUUCAGGACAUUUGUGCAUCAUUAUUGUUGAUUGUUAGAAGAAGCUACAGCAAUAUAUCAAUAGUAAUUCGUUACUGUGAUGGUUUUACGUUUGUGUUUUGGUAAAGUUAAAAGCGGUAGAUAAUAAAUUAAAAAUUGUUAUAGAGAGGGAGAGAGAUCGUCAGUGUUAUCUUGCGAAAUAAUACUUGAAGAUAUUCUGCUAUUGUUUAUGAUAGACUUAAUCAAUAACAUAAAAUAUUAUGAGUGUAAUACCCAGAUAUUAUUUUUAAAAUAUCUAUAUUUUACGAUGUAAUUCUCUUGAGGAAGAAAACAUCAUAUACACACAUAUAUAAAGAGAACAACGUAUUUAGGCAUAAUAUUAUACAGGGUAUCUCAGAACUUUGGGAGACGGACUCCGUAGGGAUAUAAAGCUAAGUGAGAGGAACAAAAUGUUCUGUGCCAUAAUGUGAAAAUCGUUAU